AUGCCCCACGGUCUCUUGGCUCCUACCUCUUUUAACCCCCCAACAGUACCUGAGAAGUUGGGUGGAUGCCAUUGUGCUUCGCGGCAGCCUCUUCUGCCCCUGUUAGAGGCCUCGAACUCUGAGGAGGAAGGCGGCGAUGUGAUCGCUGGGAGCGGGACGCGCCCUGUUCAGUGCCAGCUCUGGAGCAGGUCUACAUCAGCAUCAACAUCUGCAUUACCAUUUCAGUCUACAUGGUACAGUGAGUCUGAGAUAACUCAGGGAGCACGCUCAAGAUUGCAAAACCAGCAACAGGAUCAUGAUUCAAAAAGACCUAAACUUUCCUGUACAAACUGUACAUCUACCUCAGCUGGGAGAAGUGUUGGACAUGGUUUAAAUGCAGUAUCAGAUGUUCAAGACAGAGUUCCUUCUUCACAUUCACAAGGAGCAAGGCCAAAAGAGAACUCAUUGAACACUUUGCAAUUGAACACAUCAUCUACAAAUCACCAAAUGCCUUCUGAACAUCAGACCAUACCAUGUUCUAGGGACUCUGGUAGAAAUUCUUUAAGAUCAAAUUUUUCUCCAAAAGAAUUAGAAUCUCCCCAAAGCAGUAUACAGCCUGGAUUUUCUUAUAUUUCAAAUAGAGGUGAAACGUCAACUAUAGGCAGUUCAAAUAGGGUUGACUCAUCUCAAAGAUCAUUUCAAGAAUCUUCUGACAAUGAAGGUAGACAUAUAACAAGGAGAUUGCUGUCACGUAUAGCUUCUAGUAUGUCAUCUACUUUUUUUUCAUGAAGAUCUAGUCAGGACUCCUUGAAUAUAAGAUCAUUGGGUUCUGAGAAUUCUUACAUUUCUCCAAGGAUCUUGACAGCUUCACAGUCUUGUAAUGCAGCAUCAGCUUCUGAUGGUCCUGAUAAUAGGGCAUCCGAAGCUUCUCAGGGAUUUCGAUUUCUUCGGCGAAGAUGGGGUUUGUCAUCUCUUAGCCAAAAUCAUAGCUCUGAGCCAGAUUCCCAAAAAUUUAACCAAGAAUCUGAAGGUAGAAAUACAGGACCAUGGUUAUGUUCCUCACUUAGAAAUAGAUGCACACCUUUGUUCUCUAGAAGGAGGCGAGAGGGACGAGAUGAAUCGUCAAGGAUAUCUACCUCUGAUAUACCAUCUAGAUCUCAUCAUAUUUUUAGAAGAGAAUCAAAUGAAGUGGUUCACCUUGAAGCACAGAGUGAUCCCCUUGGGGCUACUGCCAGCAGACCACAAGCAUCUGCGGCAUCAAGCAGUGCUGCUACGGGUGGCUCCAUAUCAGAUUCGGCUCACAGUGGACGAAGUACAGGAAUAACAGGGAUCCUUCCGGGUUCCUUAUUCCGAUUUGCAGUGCCCCCGGCACUUGGAAAUAAUUUGACCGACACUGUUAUGAUCACUGUAGAUAUUGUUCCUUCAGGUUGGAGUUCAUCUGAUGGAAGAAAUGAUAAAACUAAAAGUGUACCCUCAAGAGACCCAGAAAGACUGCAAAAAAUAAAAGAGAGCCUCCUUUUACAGGACUCUGAAGAAGAAGGUGAUUUAUGUAGAAUUUGUCAGAUGGCAGCUGCAUCAUCCUCUAACUUGCUGAUAGAGCCAUGCAAGUGCACAGGAAGUUUGCAGUAUGUCCAUCAAGAGUGUAUGAAAAAAUGGUUACAGGCCAAAAUUAACUCUGGUUCUUCGCUAGAGGCUGUAACCACCUCUGAACUCUGUAAAGAGAAGUUGCAGCUUAACCUGGAGGAUUUUGAUAUUCAUGAACUACAUAGAGCUCAUGCAAAUGAACAAGUUAGUAUAUUUUGCCUAAUUUACCUGCUUCAAAGGAUGAUUCUGAAGAAGAUGGAGACCAUAACAGAACAUUUGAUAUUGCCUAACUUCAUAUGAGACAAAUGGAUGAUCUGUGAACAGUGUUUAUUAAAACUGGCAAUUAAGUAUGAAUUAAUUUUCUGGGGAAAUACCUAC